UUUUCCCGAAUCCGAGACGGCGAACGCGAGCGAGCCAAAAGUCCACUCUACCCCUUCUCAAUCCUCGGCUCUUUCUCCUCCAGACCAAACCCUAGCCCUGUAACGAUGCCACCGCGGCCAUGACGACCACGACGACAUCAGCAGCGGCGAAGGGUUGCGGCGGUGACGGCUGCAAUGCCCUCCACCCGUGGCCGCUCCACCACGUUCGCCACCGUGGUGGCAUCCGUCGCCUCUGCACCUCCUGCGUCCUCAAGUGUCACAACGGCUCUUUCUGCUCCUCCUGCUUUUCCGUCCUCGACGCUGGCCCGUCCCGUCCUACGCCCACGCCGCGGCCUGCCGUCGUCCGCUGCUCCAAGUGCCCAUCGGUCUGCCACCUUACCUGCCUCCAGAACCCCAACCUCGCCUCCCAAUACCUCUGCCCUUGCUGCAGCAACCCAGAUGGCUUCUCCUAUUUCCUCGUCUCCACCUCGGCCGACGCCGGAGGGGUCCCGAUGGAGGGUUCGGUGGCGCCAUGCGAGGAAAAGAGAAAGACGAUCGAUCUCAACUCGGCAAAAGUGCUGUUUGCCGCCGCACGGCUUGCGGUCGCUUCAAUGAGCAGGGCGGCAGCUGCCGCCAGGGUUGAAGCCGAGAGGAAGGUGAAGGAGGCCAUGGUGGCGAGAAAGAGGGCGAGGGAGAUGCUCGAGAGGGCCCUCUUGAUCUCCAAGAAGGAGAGGGAGAGAAUCAAGGAAUUGAUUGGAUCCGGGGAUAAGGCUAUGGUUGCCUCAUUGGAAGUCAUUAACCCGAAGAAGAAGAAAAAGAAGGCACCAAAGCCAGAAGGUCCUUCGGUGAUGUCCAUAACAGCAGCGCAUAAGAGAGUGCAGGCUGAUGGCGUUGCAGAAAAUAGAAAGUCGAAGAGCACUUGUGUUUCUAGUGUGCAAGGCAGUGUUGCAGUGGACAUGAAGAAUUCAGCAGUAAGAACUGUACGUAACCAAUCAAAUUAUGUGGAACAAGAGGAGAAUAAGGCACUUCGUUUUGGCUCUAAGAGUGGCAGUGUUAAGGAAGAUUAGUGAGCUACAGCGUUAGAUGCAAAUAAAGAUUUAACAAUAACGUAGUCAACUUAAGAUGAAUCAACAUCUUGGACUGAUCUUGUGACUAGUUUGCUGAACAGAGCCACUCUCUGCAUAUAUGACUUGGCUACGACUUAAUGUGCCACUUUGUUAUUGUCAUUUCUUUGAUGAAUUUGAAAUGUUAUGCAGAUUAUUGAGAGCAUUGUAGUGUUUUGCCUGAUCAUUAUAGUGUCGUUGUACAUCAUAUCUGGGUUCUACUGCACCUUCAGAUGAGUGAGAAGUGUCAUUUUCUGCUUUCUGUUGACCUGUUCUUGUCACUUGCAAGUAAUUGUUUCCUUUUAUGAUUAGGAUUCCUGCUUUUUGUUCUCUAA